AUGGCUUUGGAAGGAGAAGUUACCACUUUGGAGCUGAUAAGGCAACAUCUUCUCAAUGAUUUUGGUUCAAUGGACAGCUUUAUCAACAACCUUAACAAUUGUACAACCAAUAUUAAUACCCAAAACCAAACUCAUCACAUUGAUCAUGAUUAUUCCUUCUCAUCGCAAAAUAACCAAUCUUUCAAAGUUCCAAAGAAAGAAACAACUAAUAACGAUGACUAUUGUGAGGAGGCUAAUCACAGUUUUGAGUUUCAAACCAAACCAAACAUAUCAGUAAAUACCGGCGGCCACUACUCCAAACCCUCCAGUUUAAGCCAGCGCCGCCCCUCUAUUAACGUAGCCAUACCACUGCCAAAUUCUCCGGUGUCGGCGAAGGUUCCGGCCAUGUCAUCGUCGGCUUCUGACAACGCUUCUGCCGACAAAUACUAUCGGUCGCUGGAGCUAUUUUCAACUACCGGAGCUAACAAUAAUCGGAGCAAGAAUCGGCCACCGGAGAAAGAGAAGAAAAGAGAGAGGCAGCACUUGAGAGAUAAACAACUUUAA